AUGGACAGCCCCUACGCGCCGGAGGCACGGCCGACCCCGGGACGCGUCGGGCCGGGCGAUCCCCUGCACCGCCCCUCGGAGCGAGCCCCGGGCGCCGGGAACGGCCCACCGGGUACCGGGCACGGCCCGCCGGGCACCGGGUACCGGGCACGGCCCCCGGGCGCCGCCCCAGCCCCUCCGGGGAGCCCGGGCCGCCGCGCCCCGCCCUCGCCGCACGCGCUCCGCUCCGGGACGGCCCCACCGGGGGCGGCGGCUCCCCCGGCCUUCGGAAGGUCGCGCAAGGGCACGCGGGGCCCCGCUCCCGCCCCCCGGCCGCGCCCGGCCCUUCCCGCGGCCCGGCCCUGCCCGCCGCUCCGCACCCCCUCCCGCCGCUGCCGCCGCCGUACCGGGCUCGCUCGCUCCGCGCUGCGCUGCCAACGCCGCGGAUCCGCCCAGGCCCCGCGCGCCCCCGCACUUCCGGGACACGCCCGGCACUUCCCGUUACUCGGCCCCGCGCCGCCGCCGCGCUUCCGGCCGCGGGCCGCGCGCUGA